UGACCUAAAAAUAUAUGGGCAAGGCCGCAAGGGUCGAAUUGCUUUUCUGCGACCAGUAGCUUCGCCUCCACUGUAAUAGUGAGGAGGGAAGAGAGCAGCCGCGACCGCGAGCGAGGGAGGGAAAAUGGGUGAGACGGCAAUGGUGCAUUCGGCGAUGGUGACUUACACGUCGAUGAUUGCGCUUCUCGCCCUCUGUCCGCCCUUCGUCAUUUUGUUAUGGUAUACAAUGGUCCAUGCUGAUGGUUCGGUGCUACAUACUUUUAAUUAUUUAAAGCAACAUGGUCUGCUCAAUGGCUUCAAAUCUAUAUGGCCGACUCCAUCUAUCAUUGCAUGGAAAAUUAUUGCCUGUUUUGGUGCCUUUGAAGCUUUUCUGCAGCUUGCAUUGCCUGGAAAAAGGUUUGAAGGCCCAAUCUCUCCUGCAGGCAACGUACCCAUUUAUAAGGCUAAUGGGCUGCAAGCGUAUACAGUAACUUUGAUAACUUAUCUUGGACUUUGGUGGUUUGAGAUAUUUGACCCUUCAAUCGUUUACGAUCAUCUUGGAGAAAUUUAUUCAGCACUUGUUGUGGGAAGCCUUGUAUUUUGCAUUUUCUUAUACCUGAAAGGUCAUGUGGCUCCAUCUUCUACCGACUCUGGAUCAUCUGGCAAUCCAAUAGUUGAUUUCUAUUGGGGGAUGGAAUUGUAUCCUCGCAUUGGGAAAGACUUUGAUAUUAAGGUUUUCACAAACUGCCGAUUUGGUAUGAUGUCAUGGGCUGUUCUUGCCAUGACCUACUGCUUCAAGCAGUAUGAACAUAAUGGGCAAGUGGCCAACUCCAUGCUAAUAUACACCAUUCUGACGCUGGCCUAUGUAACCAAAUUCUUCUUGUGGGAGUCUGGAUAUUGGUGCACAAUGGAUAUUGCUCAUGAUAGAGCUGGAUUCUACAUUUGCUGGGGAUGCCUAGUGUGGGUACCUUCAAUCUAUACUUCCCCUGGCAUGUAUCUUGUAAAUCAUCCAGUGAAUCUAGGUACCCAGCUUGCAAUAUCUAUACUCCUAGCUGGACUUCUGUGCAUAUACAUCAAUUAUGAUUGUGAUAGGCAACGGCAAGAAUUUCGAAAAACAAAUGGGAAAUGUUUGAUCUGGGGAAGGCCUCCAUCCAAGAUAGUUGCCACCUAUGUUACCACAAAGGGUGAAACAAAAACUAGCCUCCUCCUAACUUCUGGCUGGUGGGGUUUAGCUCGUCAUUUUCACUAUAUACCAGAGAUACUAGCUGCAUUUUUCUGGACUGCUCCAGCCCUUUUUAACCAUUUCUUGCCCUACUUCUACGUGAUCUUUCUUACCAUUCUCCUCUUCGAUCGGGCAAAGAGGGACGAUGAUCGGUGUUCAUCCAAGUAUGGAAAAUACUGGAAGCUGUACUGUAACAAGGUACCUUCCAGAGUCAUUCCAUGGCUUUACUGAACGUCCAUGUUGUUGUGCUCAGUACCAAUUAUACAGGUUGGAAAGGCCUUACUUGUGCUUUUGUUAGUAACAGAAGCGUUUAAAAUCUAAUAUUAGCAAUCUUUCUUCAUUCUCUGAUGCACAAUAUAUUGGCUUUGAGAAAUGCUUUGUUGUAAUAUUCUUUCUUUAUGCUUCAUAGCUAUUAUUACAGUAUUAUUGUUUUUUGGUCCAUGUGGAGAAUUUAUGUUUUUUUUUUAUUAUUAUUAUUUAAUAAUUA